AUGGGUGCUUAUCUGUCAAAGCCCGAGACGGCGAAAGAGACGUCGUCAGACUCUAAUGAAUGGAUUUCCUAUGGCUGUUCCUCCAUGCAGGGAUGGAGGCGUUUUCAGGAAGACGCACACAACUGCAUCUUGGAGUUCGAUCCCAAGAAAACGGCUGCUUUCUUUGCAGUCUACGAUGGUCAUGGAGGUUCAGAAGUCGCCAAAUAUUGUUCCUUGCAUUUGCCUGAUUUCAUUCUUUCCCAACCACGUUAUGCUGCAGAAGAUGGGCCCAUCGAUCCUGUCAGCAUCUUGAAAAAGGCAUUUAUCGACUUUGACGUCUCACUUACACGCGCAAAGGUCAAAUCGGAGUUGAAGGAGAUUGCUAGUCCGGAGGCUGACGCCGAUACCGUUGAACUCUCGCCCCAUAAUUCUGACGCGGAGGAAAAUGAAGUGAAUGAAGAUGGGAAGAAAAACAAGCGGAAGGGAAGAGUGAAAGAAGCCAAAAAAAGUGUUGAUGGCGAUGACGACCUAGCGCCUCUAUCUCACACCGAGGAGGGUGUUGAAGAAAUCUCAGAGCUGCAUGAGGAAGCGGCGCGGCCGAUUGAGGCUGUGCUACGGAAGCAGUUUAGAGGCGAAUUACCAGAUUUUAUUCAGACCUUGUUGGCCAGCAUAUGUUCAAAACCCGGUGAUGCUGACACCUCUGGUCCCUCCACGUCUGUCAAUACCUCUGACGACCUUGCCACUGAUAGUAAAGCUUCUCCUAAUACAAAAGCGAAGGACGAAGAGAUAAAGUUAAGUCUUCGUGCGACGACCUCAGAGGAGGGAUCCACUGCCCCUCUCGGUGAAAAGGAGAAAUGUGAGGAGGAAGAGGUGAAAGAGGCUGGAGAAAGGGAUGCGCCCAAUCUCUCUGCCACUGUCAGUGAAAACGUUGUCAACGAAGAGGGAGAUGAAGAUGAUGAAGAUGACGAAGACUUUGAAGUCGGAGAUGAAGAUGAGGAAGAAGACGACGAGGAAGGAGAGGAAGUUGACUACGGUGAGUACGAUGAAGAAGAUGAUGGGGAUGAUGAGGAUGAGGAUGAGGAUGAGGAAGAAGAGGAAGAGGAAGAUGAAGAGGGUAAUUUGAUCGGUGUGCUUCCACGACCGGUUGGGUUCACAGAACCCGGCGUGGACAGUGGAUCGACGGCGUGUGUGGCGUUGGUCCUACCCGAAUUGGGUGACCAAACUGACGAGGAACAGCAGCCGAGAGUUUGCCUUUACGUUGCUAACGCAGGUGACUCGCGGGCCGUUCUUUGUCGCGCAGGUGCUGCCGUAGACCUUUCCGAAGAUCACAAACCUGAGGAUCCGUCCGAAAAGGCGCGGAUUCAGGCUGCUGGUGGCACUGUCACUGCAGACGGACGCGUCAACGAUGGCCUAAACCUCAGCCGCGCUAUUGGCGAUCAUAUCUACAAGUGUCGAACCGAUUUGAAGAUGUCUGAGCAGAUGAUCUCAGCUCUGCCGGACGUGUCACGGACAGAGUUGAUUCCUGGUGCUGACGAGUUCGUAGUGAUCGCUUGCGAUGGCAUUUGGAAUGCUAUGAAUAGUCAGGCUGUGGUAGAUUUCGUCUACGAUCGUCUCCAUCCCGAAUUUGCCUCGGUCCUACCAACUUCCAAUGGAGACAGUGAAACUGCCACCGCCAUCACUACAGAAAAGGCGGAGAAUGAGGAGAGAACAGCGCCCAUUGAUCGCUCUUCGCCAGCCUUCCUGGCCAAAAUCUGUGAGGAGCUCUUUGACACCUGUCUCGCCUCCAACACCAUGGGUGAUGGAACGGGCUGUGACAACAUGACCUGCAUCAUCCUUCGCUUCGACAAUUUGUCUGAACUCGCUAAACGAGCCACAACACGCACCCGUGUAACGCUUGAUGCUACUGAGGAUGAAAGUGAGUCGGAAGAGGUUGAGAACAUAGAGGUGAGGGAAGCAGUGGAGUCCAUCGAGGAGGGUGCGGAAAAGGAAGAAGGAAGGUCAGAAGAGCUGAAAAGCGGUUCUACUCAGUCAUCGCCAAUUCCAGUUGUCAAUGGUAGCGGCGGAUCAGGUGACGGCGUUUACUGUGUCCCCUCGGCAACUCCUCCCUCACCAGCUCUCUCGCCGGUGCCUAAGAAGGCGCGAAUCGAAACCUCACCGCAGAACGGCGACGGUGGUGGUGAAACGCUCAGUUCAGCCGAAUAG